AGAAGAAGGGGAGGAAAGUCCACGGACGUACCUUCGGGCCAGUGCGUUCCGAGAUUUCGCGGCGAGAGGACAACCGUUCCGUCUCAUUCCCUGCCAUUUCACUCUUUCUCUUCGGCUCGGCGUUUUUCUUCGCGCCCACGCUUCUCCGCUCGAAGAGUACCAUGACACCAAGCGGAUCGGAAACUCCCGACAUGGCUUCGGCAAUCAAGCUGUUGUUGAUCACUUGCGUGCUACUUGUCUGCACGGUUAUGGGAGAAUCUGAAGAAGGACAGACUGGAAGAUCGCGGGUCUCCGACGAGCAACUAAAUAUGGCCCUGAGCGACCAGCGUUACCUCAGGAGACAGCUCAAGUGCGCGCUGGGAGAGGCUCCCUGUGACCCGGUCGGAAGACGUUUAAAAAGUUUAGCACCACUGGUUUUGAGAGGCUCCUGCCCGCAGUGUAGCCCGGAGGAAACACGACAGAUCAAGAAGGUCCUUUCGCACAUUCAGCGGACCUAUCCUAAGGAGUGGUCGAAGAUAGUGCAGCAGUAUGCCGGAGUUUCUUAAGGCAGGGUAUAAUUGUGAGCAGCUGAGGGGAAAACAACGAUGCUCCGGAUAAAGAUAGAGAGGGGAGAGAAAGAACGGAGAAGGGAGAAAGGAGGAGAGGAAGGAUCUGCUUAGAAUAGCUGUGCUAAACGAUCGUACAAGUCUCUGGCACCGACGAUUAAAAUUCUUUUUCUUCGUGCAUUCUGCAAAAGGUACCGAGUUCACUCUUUUAUAAC